UCGGUCAUCUGUGCACAUCAUGAUGUUCCGCUCCAUCCGCGCUGCUGCCUCCAUGACCACGCGUCGCGCAUCUUACAUGAGCGUGCGAUCGUUCUCUCUUCCAUCGCAUGAAGUGGUGGGUUUGCCUGCGCUGUCUCCCACGAUGGAGCAAGGCAACUUGUCCAAGUGGUUGCUCAAGGAAGGCGACGCGAUCUCUGCAGGUGACAUUAUUUGCCAGAUUGAGACGGACAAGGCAGUUGUCGACUACGAAGCGCAGGACGAUAUGUUCCUUGCUCGCAUUCUCGUCGCCGAAGGCGCGGAGGGCAUUGUUGUGGGUCAACCCAUCAUGGUGACUGUUGACUCGGAAGCCGAUAUCGCCGCAUUCAAGGAUUUCCAACCGGAAGUCGCCGCUGCCGCGCCCGUCGCACCGAAGUCCCCCGAGGAAAUUCCUCCCCAGAAGCAUGAAGUCAAACUUGACCCUGCCACACAUGCCCCUGUCGUACCGUCGGACUUCCUCGUGACCCCUCAAGUCCCUCACAAAAUCGUGCCCGGUCCUGCUAUUCCUGCGCCUGUCGUGGCUAAAGCUGCACCUGUCGUGGCUAAAGCUGCAUCUGUCGCCCCUUCACCCCCUGCCGCUACCGCACCCUUGGCUUCGUUCAACAAGUGGGGGCUUGGCGUUAACAAGAGUGCCAUCUCGCACAGCUUGGCGCAACGACAAAAAGCAUACUUGGCCCUGUAUGGCCCCACUGGCACGUUUCCCAUUUCCAAGGCAUAAGUUGCUACGAUAGUGUUGGUGGCGUGCUUGAAUGAGCAGUUUUUACAUGUGCAAGUUGCCAUAGAACGACUUACUUCAACCUCUUGGUUGUAACGAUUAUGACUGCAAUACAUGACAUGCAUACA